AUGAGAGAAUGCGGGGUCAAAACGCCUAAGAAUCACAAAAAAAAUUUCCCCAAUGCUGAUUUUGUGCUUUUUGUGUGUCUUGACGCAUCUAAAACGUCAACAAGAGUAUAUACUGAAGAAGACAAUCGGCCAACUUCUGCACUGAUUAAAUUUGUACCGAAAGACAUUGUGGACACGAGACACUUUGUCCGCACAGCAGCGCAUGAGAUUGCACAUGGACUUGGGUUUGACGUGGGCCGUAUGAGGAAACUUAAAAAGAUUAAAUCUGGAACAGUGGGAGCAAUAGGAAAGGUCACGGCCGUGGAUUCUGAAAUAAUGCAGGAGAUGAUGAGAAAACAUUACGGCUGUACGUUGCAACACAUCACCGGCAUGUACAUGGAGGAUGAGAAUAACGGUGAAUACAAGUUGCACUGGGAGCGAAGGAUUGCGAAGGAUGAAUUGAUGAGUCCAUACACGGGAGAACCCUCUGGCAUGUUCUACACUAAUCUGACACUUGCAGCAUUCCAUUCCAUGCCCUUCUACAGCGCGAACUUCAACAUGGCAGAACCGAUGAGCUGGGGGAAACAAACUGGAUGUGAUUUACUUCAUAAUACAUGUACAGGGAGCAGGGAAGAACUAAUGAAGCAAACCAGCAUGUUCUGCGACAAAAACGGACCGGUCUUGCAGUGCACGUCUGACCGUUUCGCCCUUGGAAUGUGUUCCUCCACUCCUGUACCUGAUACCCUGUCUACCGUGUACCACUACUUUGACAAAAUUGCUUCUGCUGGAAAGGAUGAGAUGACGAAUGGCUGCCCCAUCAUCAAACCAUUAAAGGAAACCACAUGUGAGAGUGGUAAUGUUGAACUGAUGCCUGGAAGCAUUGUGAGCAAUAUGUCACGGUGUCUGAAUGUGGAGGGAACGAAGCUUACAUAUGGUACUAAGAAUGAAGUGACCGUAAAGGGCAUUUGUGCAAAGGUAAAGUGUGAGAAUGACAAGGUGAGUGUGCAAUACAAGGGCAAGGAAGGUCCUAAUGAUUGGAUUGAGUGCGAGAAGGAUGGUGAUAAAAUUACACUGGAGGGUUCAGCGUUUAAUGGUGGGAGUAUUGUUUGCCCAAAAUAUUCUGAGGUGUGCACAGGGUUGAAUGAAACCGAUCUUCCCACCAUUGAGUAUGACGAAAAAAACAACGACAAUUCUAACGCAAGUGAAAUUCCAUCACCAAACGUGGAUUCGCCAGAGAAAAAUGAUUCAUCAGAAACCGAGAAGGCACCUCAAACCGAGGGUUCGAAUCCUCAAGAAAAACCAUCGCAAGAAGAGGAUACACAGAAUGCUGAAAUUCCAUCGAAAGAGGGAGGUUUAUCAAAUCCAGAAUCCCCUGAUAACAACGACACAACUAAUAUUGAAAAUGGACAAGAUGACCACAACACGGGGAAUGACUUAACUGACAGUAAAGUGGAAAAUACCAACAGCCCUACAGGUGUCAUUUCUGGGAAGGACACUGACAACAGCAUCAUCGCUCUCUCGUUCUUUGGACCUCUUAUGCUUCUCGUGUGUGUUGUUGCU